UUGGAGAGGAAACAGUUCUUGGAUAAGAGAAUAUAAACCGAACCAACUUUUGAGGAAAAGAGAUAGAGAUUCAACGGCUCAGUUACGAAAAACGAGUUCAUUAGCUCGGCAAGCCAUACUUGGCGAUUUGGUUACGAUAUGCAUCUCGUAGAACAAAGCCUGGUAUUGCUAUGCAUUGUAUUGUCGGCAAGUGCAAGUGAUCCCAAAGUCAACUUUAUUGAACCACGAGAGGGAAGUAUGGCUGGAGGUACUAUGGUAUUCAUUCAUGGACAAAACUUUGCGCCGAGCCAGUUCAGUAUUGACAAGCCACAAAUAGGAAAUCUUAUAUUCUUCAAGUCUUCACUGCAUUCAAUUGAGUGUAGGGUGGUACCCACUGAUGUGUCACAAGUCAGAGUAGCUUGCGAGACUGGAGUAUCUCCAAUACCAACAGAAGCCCAGUAUGAAUUGUACAUGCUAGUGAGUGGAAAAGAAGUACCCAGCUAUUGCGGUGGGAACGGAAACAAAUGCUUCUUUCGGUAUCGCAAUCGAGCCACGCCUACAAUUUCCAAGAUAAGUCCACUUUCUUGUGUCCCAGGGACCCCUAUUGUUAUCACUGGGAAAAUUUUCACGGCGCAGUUCAGUCGACUUUCUGACAAUUUUGAUCCAUUGAACACAGAAAUAACAAGAAUAUACGCUGGAUCUGAYGUUAGCGAUCCUUUCAACCCUGAAACAAAUGAACUUUACGGUUCCCAUAUCGAGGGCUCAUUGGGUUGGUUCAAGAGUAAACCAAAGUCUAAAGCAGUAGCAUCAAAUGACGUCUACUACAUCGUAUAUAAGAUGGGAAAUUCCCAAACAAGUAAAGACUUGUACCUUGUUGACGGGAACAAACAGCUUUAUCUGUAUCAGACUCAUGCCGAUGUCAAAUCUGUCAAGCCUUCGUCUGGAAGCUUAGCAGGUGGCACGAUGUUAACUAUCACAGGAGAGGGAUUCGGUACAAAGAUGGAUAAAGUUCAGGUUAAAAUCGGAGGAGCAAAUUGCAACAUCCAGGAAGUGACAUAUAGCCAGAUCAAGUGUAUCACUGAUCCACACAACCAAACGAAAGUCUUGUAUCCUGGUAAUCGAGGGCUUCUACGUGAAAUCUGGACCCAGUCUCCCAAAUCCAAUUUACAAGACAUCGAAAGCCUUUUAUCAUCGGCCCCUGAUUAUCACUCAGAAGUCUUGAGUCAAAGCCAAAGCCCUGAUGUGACGUCAUUUAACAAAACUGGCGGUUACAGUUCAAAGGUCAGCGGUUUCUUCGUGGCUCCAUGGGAAGAUUACUAUAUAUUUUAUAUCAAAUCAGACGACAAGAGUAAACUAUUCUUAAGUACUUCUGGAAGACCUGAAGAUAAGGUGGAAGUUGCAAACUGCCCGUCGGCUACUACAAGGUGGGACAAAUUCUCGUCACAGAAAUCAGUGAGGAUUUCGUUAGCAAAAGGACAAGUGGUGUACUUACACGCUCUUCAUACAGACUUUGCACUUGGUCACUCGAUCAGUAUUGGUACGAGUAUGGAAAACGUACCUCACGCAAACUUUAAGGCAGGAAGAGCUGUGGACGAGAAACAGACCAGUGUUACAACAUCGGUAGUUCUCUGCGAGAAACAGAUUAUUGACAUGAAUAAGUGGAACACUAGUGAAACCAUCAAUGAGAUACAAGAAGUAACAGUUCCCUCGUGCAACGAACAAGGCAAUCAUUCACACUGCAACAACAACACGUUCAAGCUUAUCUACAUGGGGAUGCCAACCAUCUCUCUUUCCCAAGUUACUACCGAGGCUGGAGAUCUUGAAGAAGCCUUGAAUACUUUAUCAAGCAUCCGUACAAAUGGCCACGUGAACGUGUCAUCGUCUGUGCGCAAAAAUGAAACUGUAUUCACAAUCGAGUUCACGUUCUCAGACCCAAACAAUGUUCAACUAUUGUCGUCAAGUGUCAGUCAAGGAAAUAGCACAAGCUUCAAUAUCAGCACAAAGCGUGUCCGCACUGGAGGCACAGCGAAAGGUGGCUUUAAGUUAAGCUACGGUGGAGCCAUAAGCAAACCUAUAAUGCCUAGUCAAAUAACUGAAAGCAGCCUAAAGGAAACACUUGAGGACAUGUUUUCCACGAAAUGUACACAAUCACCUUCAUCCAGAUCAGCAUAUUUUUACCGUGGUUUUGAAAAUCAAAUCAUUGGAAAAGAAUAUGGCGAACGAGUUACAGAUCAGAUGCCUUUUUGUGGGAGAACAUCUCUAAAGAACCCACGGUUCCUGUGGCGUACGGGGUACACAGAGAUCAGAAAAGGGAUUCCAGCCAUAGCGUACGACGUGGCACGAUAUCAACAUGUUUGCUUUGCGUACCGAGGAGCGAUUCGUGAAUACAUUAGUGUAUCGUUUACAUACCAAUUAUCAACUGGAGGCGCAGAAACCCGUGUAAGAUGGUAUCCAUAUUCAAGAAUGAGUAUAUCAAGAGCAUGGCGUCAUGUGUGUGUUAACCUCUACGAUAAAAUUACUAGCGAUACUUUCAUAAAAGGGAGAGCCUCUUCCAGCACCAAAUAUAAGAUAGAAACUAUACAAGUAAUGAAAGAUGUUGACGCUACUGACGAUUUUUUUAUUGACGAAUUCUGGAUCGGAAAAGUCCCAGCAACCGUGACACCAAGUAAAUUACCCGCCAUGCCAAGUGGGUACCUAAUUAAAACAGUUUCGGUAGAACAACUAGAACCAGGACGAUUUUCUGUGUGUAUGUUACCAGCCGGAUGUGGUUUUGACCUUCCAUUGAUAGCUGUAGACACUGCCAUACUGUCCAAUAGCAGCAACGAUCUAAAUAAUGUUACGUACAAAUUCCCUGGUAUGAAGUCAAGUAUUCAUUUUGAACGGGUUCAAAAUGCCACGCCCCCGAUCACCGGCACUUUUGACGUGACGUAUCAAGGCAAGACAGUAAAAGACAUUCAAGCAAAUGUGACGGAUUCGCAGUUAAAAAGAGUUCUGGAAGAGCGACUUGAUGUCGGUGAACUUCUUGUACAGCGGUCUGGUUCUUGUUCAUCCUUCACGUGGACUAUCACGUGGGUUGAUCAAGGAGGUAACCACCCACAGCUAAUGGUUAACAGCAGUCUUAUAGGUAACCAGGCUUCGGUCAGCAGUAAUACCAUUGCCGACGGACGGUUCUUUCUUAGACCUAUUCCAGGAGAGUUCUUAAGAACAUCAAACACCGUUCCACAAGUGGUGGUCAGCGUCAAUGGCAUUACCAGUUCCUGUUUUCUUGAUACAUGCUCCUUUAACUACACCGUCAACCAGACACCACAAGUUCAUUCUUUGUCACCAAAUGCUGGUACGGCUGGUACCCAGAUCACUUUAAGUGGAUUAGGGUUUUCUACAAUACCUUCAGAGAAUCACGUGACUAUUGAUGGUGUUUCGUUAAACGUCACCGCUAGUACCGCCACAACCCUGACCUGUUCAGUAGGUAAUUCUCCAGGCGGUGAACACCCUGUUCAUGUUCAUGUGACGGGCAAGGGAAAUGCAGUUCACAGUUCCAGUAGCCAACAAAGCCAGGGUUCGAGUACAGAAUUUAACUACACUAUUGCAAUCAACAACGUUACUCCUAAUAGAGGUAGCACGGCUGGAGGACUGGUUAUUACCAUCCAGGGGUCUGGGUUUAGUAAUGACAAAACAGCAAUAACAGUAACACUCGAUGGAUCGAGUUGUGACGUCAUAGAAUCAAGUUUGUCUAAGAUACUGUGUCGAGCACCCGCUCAUGCUGCCGGCCAAGUACAGAUGAAAGUAACCGUGUCAGGAUCAAGUGCAGAGAAAACAAAUUCAUUCAUUUAUGAUGAUGCAUUUACACCAAAUGUUACCUCACUGAGUCCACAAAAGGGACAAGUCAGCGGUGGUAAUGUCAUGACUAUCGUAGGUUCUGGUUUUGGCACAAGUUCAGACUUGACUGUUAAAAUUGGAGAAGGCUUGUGCAAGGUGAUAGAUGUAAGGGAUAACCAGGUUCAGUGCACACUACCUCCACAUCAUCCAGCGGUAACUAAUAUUACAAUGUUUAUACCAGGAAAAGGUUACCCCACCUUACCCACGUCAUACAAGCUCUAUGAAUAUGUCCUAAGAGUCGAUAGCAUCUCACCUUUGAUUGGUUCAAUAGCUGGAGGUACUACAAUGACGAUAACUGGAGGUGGAUUUAGUGAUAAUAACGCUGAGAAUAAAGUCACAAUUGGAAACAAGGAAUGCAGGGUGACAUCUAGUACCGCAAGUUCUGUGACGUGCAUCACGCCAGACAAUUUUGAAACAAUAACAAUAAACAACCUUGGUACACAUCCCGAAUAUGGUAAAGGCUAUGCGUGGUCAAUGAAGCUCGUUGAAAUAAACUUGGGAGACACUGUAAAGUGGGAAUGGAGUGCACCUGCAUUAUCUAACGUACAGUAUCAGGUGUUCCAGACAUCCCAAGACUCAAGACAAUAUAAUGGCAUAGGAUUCAAGAGCAGCAGAAGUAGCCAAGGAUCGUAUGAAUACCAGUUUUUACGCGCUGGUACAUACUACUAUUCUAGUGGACCAGUAAAUGACGAGGGUAACGUAAUAUUGGAUGGUAAAGUGAUAGUACGAGCACUAUCUUCACAAGAAUCUCACUUACGAGUAUCAAUAGCAGGCUUUUCAGCUGAUUGCCAUGCCACGUCACAAGCGGCUACAUCUUCAUCAUCAUGUGAUACUGGCAUCACAACAACGAUCCCUGGAUGCCAACCAACACUAAUCAAGCCACCAAACUCAGUUCCUAGCCACUGUUUAAGUUUCACUUACAAGAACUGUUACACUCCCAUUGUAACAGAAGUCACUCCUAAUACUGGAACUAGUCAACAAGUUAUAACCAUAAAAGGAAGCGGAUUCAGUGUCACGCAAUGUCAGAACAUUGUAACAUUUGGGAAACAUGAUUGUAAUGUAAUUUCCAGUAAUGAAUCAACCAUAACAUGUCGCAUCGAUCUGAGUACAAAACCAAAAGCUGGAGAAAAAUAUGACGUAUCAGUAACCGUGAAAAACCGUGGUGCAGCUCUUGUUCAGCCCACUGAAGAAGUAAAGACUCAUUUUGUUCUUGUAGCUCGUGUGGGGAGUAUUACACCAAAUUCCGGGUCUCAAGGAGGAGGGACUACAAUAACUGUGACGGGUGAUGGCUUUUCUGAAUCCCUGAAUGAAAAUAUUCUCUUACUUGGUCAGGCUAACUGCAGAGUAAAGGAUGCUAAUUAUAUUAGCCUCACAUGUACUAUUGACCCGCAACCCGCAAAUGCUUUGGAAAACCAGCCCUUAACCGUUGCUGUAGGAGGGACAAAAAGCAACUGUACAAGUGCUCAAUGUCAAUUCUCAUUUCUGGAUUCCAAGACACCAAGAGUGGAGGACAUGCAAUCUACACAAGUGACAGGCCCUGAUCAUAUACUAAGACUAUAUGGUAGUGGCUUUGGAACUACUAAAGCAAAUCUGGUAGUGACUGUAAGAAGUGCAGCGUCAUGCGAAGUUACAGAAAUACUUGACGACAGCAUUAAAUGUCGCAUUCCUCACGCUCCAGCAGGACAACAUGAUAUUCAAGUACUGCACAAUAAUCAUGGACUAGCGAUCUUUAAAGAAGGAUUAAAUAAAACCAUCACAGUUGCAGCAAGUAUCUCUGGAUUAAACCCACUCGAAAGUAGUACAGUAGGUGGACUUAGAGUUCAAAUCAAUGGUUUUGGCUUCAAAUCAACGAAUGAAACAUUUGUGACCAUCAAUAACAAACCAGCAACUGUCUUGAGUGUUACUGUUACUCAGAUACUAAUUGUAACACCACCAAAUCAACCAGGAAAUGCACAAGUAUCCAUAAGAUCUGGAGACGUAGUUUUCCCUGUAACCCAAAUUAGCUACUCUGACGCUGCAACGCCUGAAAUUGUAUCCAUUAAUCCAACAACUGUUAGGGCAGGGCAGUUAGUCACACUACAAGGCAGUUUUCCUUCUGGUACGAUAUCUUCAUGUAAAGUGAUGAUUGGAGAUACUUUAUGCACAGCAACUGAAGCAUCAGUAAGUCAGAUAAAAUGUACUGCUCCUUCUAUACCAGCAAUGUCACACCUUGUCUCUCUCGUCAUCGACAGCAAAGGAAAAGCCAAGUCUUCUGUAAAACUCACCAUCGACCUGGUAUUGACGUCUAUUUUUCCUCCAGAAAGUGGUCAUGGUGGAGGACGUAUGGUGGUUGUUGAAGGCAGCGGGUUUAGCAAUUCAACUACUAUCAAAAUAUGUGGUAAUAUUUGCGACCACUCACAAGACACUGCUAUUAACAACACUAACAUCAAGUGCGAAGUUCCUCCUAGUAACAAGGAAUUACGCGGGACUGAUCACGCAUGCGCAGUAGAAGUGUCAGAAGGAGGUAUCACGAGAAGUUUAAGUAACGGAUUCACAUAUCGUGAGUCUAUGACAUCAGAAGUGACAUCGGUGAGCCCUGAACGCGGUGGUACCGGCGGUGGCGUGACUCUAACCAUCAAAGGCAGAGGAUUCAGUUCUACACAAAGUGACAACAUCGUCACCAUUGACGGUACACCUUGCAGUGUAACAUAUGCAAAUGUGAGCGAAAUACAGUGUAUUACUGGCGCGCAUAACUCAACAAUCAAGACCAAAGUAAGAGUAGACGUGGGAAAUAACGGCAAAGUAAUAUAUGAUAAUGCUGAUUUUUACUACGUGGAUGUGUGGUCUUCCAGGUUUACUUGGGGAGGAAAUCCUCCACCAAAAGAAGGUGAUUUCGUGGUUAUCAAGAAAGGCCAAAUAGUUAUGCUGGACAUUGAUACACCUGUUUUGAAGAUGUUACUGAUACAAGGGGGUAAACUAAUGUUCGAUGACACUACAGACAUUCACCUUCAGUCCAAUCACAUCAUGAUAACAGAUGGAGGGGUAUUUCAAGUAGGAACAGAACAAAAUCCUUUCUUACAUAGAGCUACUAUAACGAUGUAUGGCCACGUCCGUUCAAAAGAAAUUCCUGUUUUUGGCACUAAAAAUAUUGGCCUUCGAGAAGGUACACUUGAUCUUCAUGGUAAGCAUGUACCAAUCACGUGGACAAAACUUUCGUCAACCGCCCCAAAAGGAGCCAAUCAAAUUCAUUUAACGCACGAGAACACUUGGGAAGUUGGCGACGAAAUAGUGAUUGCUGCGACGAGUAGAUCUCAGCGUGAGAAUGAAGUGGUUAAAAUCACUAAAGUAUUGAACGGUGGUAAAACGUUAGAGAUUGAUCCACCACUCGAGUAUCAACACAUUUCGAUUCAACAAACCAUAGCCAAUCGAAACAUCGAAACACGAGCAGAAGUGGGACUACUAACGAGAAAUGUGGUUGUCCAAGGCUCUAAACAUGAUGAAUGGACAGAAAAAAUAGAGGCUUGCCCAAAUGACUUUAAACCAGGACAAUUCCAAACACAGUCAUGCUUCCAAGGAAAAUUUGGUGAUGCGGUUGGUAGUGAUCAAUUUGGAGUACAAAUUAUGAUUCAUGCACCGGAGAAGGAUAAGAACAUGGUGAUUGCUCGAUUUAGUCACACGGAAAUACGUCACGCUGGACAAGCUUUUAGAAUGGGUCGUUAUCCAAUCCACUUUCACAUUAGUGGUAAUGUUAAUGGAUCAUACGUAAAGGGGUGUGCUAUACACCACAGCUUUAACCGUGCAAUAACCAUGCAUGGUGUUCAUAACCUCAUUGUUGAACGAAACGUUGUGUAUGACAUCAUGGGUAAUGCGGUUUUCAUGGAGGAUGGAAUAGAGACGGGAAAUGUUGUGCAAUAUAACCUUGGCAUAUUCGUAAAGGCCUCUAGCUCGUCACUCAAUGUAGACAUCACUCCUGCCACUUUCUGGGUCACUAAUGCUAAUAACAUCAUUUCACACAACGCCGCAGCCGGAGGAAGCCAUUUUGGAUUCUGGUACCAAAUGUUCAAACACCCAGACGGGCCAUCGUUUACACCAGACGUUUGUCCAAGGAACGUACCAAUGAAAGAAUUUCAGAACAAUACAGCUCACUCAUUUGGACGAUAUGGAUUAUGGGUAUUUCCUGUCUAUCAUCCCAUGGAGGGGGGUGGCUGCAAUGCAAAGUUAGCUCGCCCUGCUGAUUUUAAUACUUUGACGUGCUGGAACAACAUGAGAGGAGCAGAAGUGGUUGAUGGAGGCGCAGUUAGGAUUAACAACAGUACUAUGCUUGACAACGAGGUAGCUGGAAUAGAAAUUGUGAUGGCUGAAACACACGACAGUCCAUGGGGCGGUGCCAUGAUCAAAGACACUCUUAUCAUAAGUCAUAGUCAAUUAAAUCCGUCUCCAAAUAUUCUACACACGGAAUCUGGUGUGCGAACCCCUCAAACUCACGGUCUUACCAUUUCUGGUGUUACGUUUGCAAACUUUGAUCAACCAAAUUGUUUAAGUGCAGCAAUACAAUGCUGUGCUCAGUGUGCACAUUUUAAAAAAAGAGGUGGCUACGAGACACGGUUUGAAAAGGUUAAUUUCAUAAACAGCCCUUGCAGGACUCGUUUCCAAUGGCCACAUGAAACAGUUCUUCGGGAUCUUGAUGGCAGUCUGACGGGUCACAGGGCUGGAGGAUUUUUGGUGCCAACCAAUGGAAAUUUACCACCAGAUAACUGUAAGAUCUCUGCUAAGGACAGCCAUGGAACUGUGACAGGAAGUGCUUGCGAUAACACAAUGGAUUUCAGACGAUUUGCCAUGAAUAACGCUCUCCCUUCAUCUUUACAAGGCAAAGAUAUUGAGCUGGAGAAUAAAUAUGGUACCGAUAAAAUUCCGUUCAAUUUCAAAGAUCGCACUCAUCCUAACGGAUGGGUAGGUACUGUCCUUGUUGGGAUUGAUUAUAACCUUACCUUUAUCGAUGCCUCUCAGAUAACCAACAUAUCGUACACUGCGAGUGUCUUCGAGCCUCAUCCUUCGGAUCGGAUUAUCAUCCACCAUAAGCUGAGACAAACCCCAGAUCAUUUCAGUACAACUGACAGAUACCAGAAUAUGACAAGAACGUUACCAACAGCUAGUGAUCCGCACGGAGCCUGGGCCUUCAACAAUGACACCAAGAUAUUUACAUAUCAAUUUUCUGGUCUUGGAAAUACUCCUACUAUAAAUAAGAACUUCCCCUCCAGGAACGUGAAUCUACGAAUAUACCGAUGCUUUUACUUAGAUUGCAUAGUACCAACUCCACCACCUCCCCCCAAGGGAAGGCCACUUGAAUACCAAAAAUGGUCUGAUCCAGAUGCCUGGGUAGACACUGAGCCACAAUAUGGUGGAUAUGGCGGCGUGUUACCUAGAGUUGGAGAAGAUGUCAUGAUAACGUCAAAAAUGUGGAUGGUGGUUGACAUUCAACCAGCCUCUCUAAAUAAACUGUACGUAGAAGGAGCUUUAGAAAUCGACGGACCAGAUGGAAUGGUACUCAAUGCAACUUACAUCUUGGUAACUGGUAGUAUUGUAGUUGGCUGGCCCGACAAACCUUAUCCAAGAAACAUUAUGUUAAGUUUACGGGGUAGUUGGAGUUCAGAGGAUAACCCUUUGAGCAAUGCGCCUAACACUGGUACAAAAUCAUUAUCUGUUUUUGGGAAUAUGUACUUUCAUGGUCAACCAAGAGAGGUUUACUGGACUAAACUUAACAGUACAGUUCUCCCAGGAUCCAACGUGAUCACCGUCAGGAACGAAGUUGACUGGAAGACUGGAGAUGAAAUUGUUAUAUCUUCUACUACCAAGGAACCAAGACAAGCAGAGGUCUUUAAAGUCGUUUCCGUAUCGCAGGACAGAAAAACCUUGACCUUGAAUGGUACCUUACAGUAUAAGCACAAAUCUGUCACUAAUACUGCAGGUGGAUGGACCUAUACCCUUGCAGCAGAAGUGGGUUUGUUGACAAGAAAUAUCAAGAUUGUCGGUGCAGAUGAGCCAACAGGUUCAUUGAGCCAGCAGAGUUUUGGUUGUCGAGUGUUAGUAAGUAGUACAGUGACCUCAAGUGGUGCGUUUCGUAAAGGAAAUGCAAGAAUAGAAAAUGUCGAGUUCAAGAACUGUGGACAGGAAGGUUGGACAGACUCAUAUGAUCCAAGGUAUGCAUUAGCGUUGGUCAGCGUUGGCGAUGUUGAAGGCAAUUCUUCUUACAUUCGGGGUAAUUCUUUUCAUCAUGGCUUCAACACAGGCAUUGGUGUGUUCGGUACGAAUAAUCUGCUAGUACAAGACAACGUGAUAUACUUCACUGUGGGAUCUUGCAUUAGAGACGAAGGAAAGGGAAAUUCCUUGAUACACAACUUAGCCGUACUUUCUGUGUCUAUUGCCACCUACAAAGGACGAAAAGAGGUAGCCAUCCACUGGCCAGGAGCCAUCGAAACACAAUUAGCAGUUAAUCCGUAUAUGUGCAAUAACACUGUGGCUGGUAGCGAGCGAAUUGGGUUCAUGCUAGACGGUGAACCAUGUACAGACAGUCAGAAUGGUUGGCAUGGCAAUGAAGUACACGGAGCAUGGCAUGGGAUUCACCUGGCCUACUUUGAAGGACUGCCUGAAUGUUCUAAGAUCGCUAAUUUCCUUGUCUGGGGAAACCUAGACUACGGCAUAUUUACACACCCGAUUUCCUCUAUUGUAUUGUCCAAUAUCAUGCUGAUUGAUAAUCCCAAUGGUUUACUUCCACACAUCUGGCGUCCUCACGCUCUAACCCAUGAAGCUGCAAACAAGUUCUUUAUUUUAAGAGACUCGCUGAUCGUUGGAACUAGUCCUGGGUAUGACUGCAGUGACACCAGCAUUACACCAUAUGCAAGAAUUCCCUACCCGGACAUUGGCCAGAUGGUGAAGAUGGCACCUGGAGGUGGGCGAGUUGGAGUUGUCCUGACCUUCUUUGGGUCUGGAAAAUCAGCUGGACCCUCCAUGCCUUGGGAAAGUCCACACGAUUACCCUGCAAUUGAUGGAGUCACCAAGUAUAUUCGAGUAACAUGUGCUAACUUUGGACUAUCAUGUGGUAAUAAAAGGGAUAUUUGUAUCAGGUCUAAUCCAUGGAUAGGAGAUAUCAUGCAUCCAGUAGAUGUGUCAGAAAUGUCCAAGGAAUCAGUAGACGAGGAGUCUUUGUUACACUUGGUCAAACCAAGUACAAAAUGGAUCAAUCCAUCAGACUGUGUAGAUAUGGACUGUGAUGGACGAAGGCAGAUAGUUAUCAGGGAUUUGGAUGGCACUUUGACUGGUUCAGGAGCCAAGACAACGAUAAUACCAAAAGCUGAAUAUGAAUGGGAUGGAAAUAGAAGAUAUGGACUUGGUGACUAUCGUAUUCCCAAGACUGCUUUGACUGCUGUGGAUGGUUCUCGCCUUGACGUCGCAUCUACAUUUCCACACAAAGGAAUCAUCAGAGGAACACGAAGCCAGAGCAUGUGUUCAUGGGUUACUGUUUGGAAUGCUUACAAGUGUACAGGUCUUGACCAUCUCAUGUUAGUCAUAGAGAGCCUGGAUGCUGAUACAGAGACCCGUAGGUUAUCUCCAGUAUCGUUGAGUGCAGAUGGAUACGUUAAUCUUCUUAAUGGACCGAUGGAUCAUGGUUGGUGCUUGGGCUACACAUGUCAAGAGAGAAUAUCUACCUUCUAUGGGAUUGUCGCUGCUAACAAGAACUACAGUUUGUAUUUCUCAAGCAACGCGCCUCAGAAACUAAGAUUUCGUUUACUGAAUAGUGACGACACCCAAGUCAUUCGUCUGGCGGUGUACUUUCAAAGGCCUCAACGAAAGGACGUUUAUAGAAAAGGAACUUACAUGUACCCGACAAACGCAGACCUCGAAAACGGAGAAUUCAAGUUAAAGCAAAUACCAAAUGAAAAACCAAAAGACUAUUACGAACCACCGCUGACCAGCAUUAGCGGCUCAAACUACUUCAAUGAUGACGAAAGCACACUGUAUGUUGUAGUAAGAGGGUCUCAGCCUGUAGAUAUUCACACUACACCAGUGAUACAGAUUACGAUAGGCGCAGAGGCAGUAACGGUCGAUGAUUUCUUCAAGAAAAAUUUCGUCCAAAAUCUUGCUGCUCUAUUGGGUUGUGAUCCUUCGCUUAUUCGCUUCAUGGAAGUUAUCAGUGCAUCUGGUUCAUCUAGACGCAGAAGAAGAGCUGUUGAUGGCAACAUGCAGAUAGUGGUGGAAAUUGGUAACAACCCAGCCCCUACUUUACCAGAUACCACCACCACAAAUAACACUAAUACUACUAGUACACCCACGGCAUCCCAGAAUUCAACAGGAGUAUACAACACGUCAUUUGAACAAUUAAAGCAAAUCGCGGAUCAAGUCGUAGAAGUUGUUCAAACUGGGGCUCUUUCACAGACUGUUAAUGGCUUAAAAGUUACGGGGUUGAGUGUUCUAGAUCCAGUCCCUCCUCCAGUAGACCCGACUGGGGGGGUUCGUGCCACUAAUCUGACCGGUGGCAGUGCUAAUGUUACGAAUGGAAUACUGACGUAUGACCAGCUCAUGGCGCAAGCUACAACCAACCUCACUCAACCAGUAGUUUUCCUUAUUCCCUGUAAACUGGUUCUCGAGCAUCAACCUUAUGGAGCCAAUGAGACCGUACCAUUCGAAUCUCAACCAAAGCUUAAGAUUGUCGACUGCUUUGAUCGACUCGUGACGGGACUUGGCCAUGGUGCUCUAGCAAACUGGACAGUAACGGCCACGAUACGUCCAGGAACUGGCGAUACAAAUGCCUGGAUUAAUGGUACAAACACAAUCGAGUUUGUCGACGGCUGGGCCAACUUUACAGACUUAAGUAUUUCUCACAAUGGUUCAGAUUACGUAUUGGAGUUCAACAUCAGCAAGCCACAGACUGCCAAGUUUAACACCUCAUCCAACUCUUUUGAAGUAAAAGAAAGGCAGUUAUAUUUCACAGUAACACAUCAGCCGACAGACGCGAAUGAAACAGUACCAUUUGGCCAACAACCUGGCAUAGAAGUCAGAGAUGCUGCAAAUGGGCAGACAGUCACUAACACGGGGUGGAAGGGAAGGAAAUGGCAUUUUACUGCUAUCAAGGGACAAGGCAACUUACAGGCCAAUCUAAAUGGAACCACUACAGUCGAAUUUGUGAACGGGGUUGCACGUUUUAACAACCUGAGCAUCGACACCGCAGGGACUGGGUAUACACUGAACUUGACAGUGAAAACUAUUCCUGAAUCCAAGUACAGUUACUUUAUAAAGUCAGAAUCAUUUGACGUAAAAGAACGUUCCAUGCACCUUGUUCUUGCACAACAGCCUGGUAAUUGCAACGAUACUGUCAUUUGUGGUAGCCAGCCAGUCAUAGAGAUAAGAACAGCGUAUCCAGACUCUCUCGUUCAAAAUAUCGGAUGGAAAAACCGGCAGUGGUUUAUUGAUGUAACGCACAUUCAAGGGGUUGCUGGCUCUGCUAUGAAUGCUACUACACAAUUACAAGUUCCGACAGUAGGUCGAGUUGAGAUGAACGACUUGUCGUUUUACGACAUUUCCUCGAAUCACAAACUGAAGUUCACAGUGAGAACAGACCCAGAGUCCUCGUACACCAACAUGACUGUAUCAUCUAAUGUGUUUAAUGUUGAACCUCGUCAGUUUUACCUAAACAUAACCACUCAGCCUAAUGACUGUAACCAAACUGUUGCUUGUGGUGUUCAACCAGUGGUAGAAGUAUUCGAUGUUGGAACACAGAAGCUUGGUAUCCCCCUCAAAGGAUCAUGGUAUAUCGUUGUUUCCUUAAAAUCCUCGCAUCUCAAUGGAUCUCUUGGUGGAACCCUCAACGUGACAGUAAAUAAUGGAAAAGCAACAUUCACCGAUCUGUCCGUGUCUUUGUUUGGUGCCGGUUAUGUGCUAGAUCUUCAGUCUAACUAUGGUCACAAGAUCAGUUCCUCUGCAUUCGAAGUGCACUAUGUGAAUGAUUACGCACCAGAGUUCAAUCCACCAAGUGGUAUAUACUUAACUAGUUUAUCUGAGAACUCAAGUCUUGGCAACCACGUCACGACAGUAUCAGCUACAGACAAAGAUUCUGGCCCACAAGGAGACGUGUACUAUAUGAUUAUCGGAGGAAACACAGCGAAUGCAUUUGCAAUCAAUUUUACAAGCGGUGUCGUGGUGACUAACAAUCUUCUCGAUCGAGAAACAAUAGCAAAAUACGACUUAAUUAUCAAGGCCUAUGACGGUGCCGUAGCAGGAAAAGAAAAGUAUACGAAUGGCAAAGUUAUCGUCAAUAUUACAGAUGUAAACGAUAACACACCUACCUUUACUAAUGUUCCUGAUCCAGUCCUUGCCAGAGAAGAUCUUAACAUCAGUGACGUGAUCAUUCGUAUCCAGGCAACUGAUCCAGACGCUGGUACCAACAGCGAGCUACGGUACACGAUAAUCUCUGGAAAUGACCAAGGAUUAUUUGUUAUCGAUGAAUUUACUGGCGAUCUUAAAGUCAACGGGUCUCUAGAUCUGGAGCAAAGUCAACUUCCGAACAUCAAUCACAGCAUCGUCAUUCACGUUACCGACCUUGGCACGCCAACACCUAAAACCAAUACAAUACAAGUGAACAUCACUAUCGCACCCGUCAAUGAAUUCACCCCACAAUUAUCCCACGAAAGGUCGUACAACUUUACCUUCGUUGAGAACGUCAGCCCAGGUGUUGGUGGAGUAUUGGUGUUUGAUAUCAAUGCCACAGAUAACGACUAUGGCGAGCAUGGAUAUGUUACUUAUUCAAUCAUGUCCGGUAACGAGGGCGGUAAAUUCACAUUGGAUUCUACUAGCGGUAUACUACUACUGAAUGGUUCCCUCGACUACGAGACGGCACCUUCUUAUACUAUCGUUAUCCAUGCGCAUGACACCAAUACCGCAGGAAUAAUAAAAACUGCCUCGUUUAUCGUUCAUGUGACGGUUAUUGAUGUCAACGAUAACACACCAACAUUCUCCCAGUCCCAGUACACUAUAGAAGUACGAGAAGAUUCACCACUUGGCUUCGUAGCAACGACACUGAACGCAGUGGACCCUGAUGGAGGUGUGAAUGGACUGGUUACUUAUUCUAUCAUCUGGUCCAAUACUACCUAUGUAUGGAGUAUAAAUGGUUCAACAGGAGCCUUGUCAUUGAACGCUUCGCUAGACCUGGACUCCCCCUGCACGCCUGAAAUGAUCCAUACUGUCAUAGUCAAAGCAAAAGAUGCUGGUGUUCCCUUUACUUUACACUCUAACACAACCCUUACAAUACGUAUCCUCUAUAUGAACGAGUACUCGCCAGUGUUUACAACAGCUGUCGUUUCAAAAGCCAUCCCCGAAAAUGUUGCUGUGGGAACCGUUAUCUACCAAGUAAGCGCUGCAGACGCCGAUUGUGGGUCAGAUGGAGAUAUCGAGUACAGUAUCACAAGUGGUAACAAAGGGAGAGUGUUUACUAUCGACAGAACAUCCGGCAAUCUUAGCACUGAUGCAAGCCUUGACCGAGAGACCCUGGGUUCAUACACGUUGACAAUACAAGCUAAAGAUAAAGCUACAAUUGGUAGUCGCUCUGCUUCCAUGUCUGUUCUGAUAAGCUUAAGUGACAUUAAUGACAACAGACCAGCCUUUUCUCAAGUAAGCUACUUUAAACAGAUAAAGGAGAAUGCGUCGAUUAACACACAAGUUGCAGAUGUCAGAGCUACAGAUCGCGACAUCGGUUCCAAUGGCCAAUUAGCUUAUUCUAUAAGCAGCGGUAAUGAGCGCGGAUUUUUUGUUAUUGAGCAAGGAAUCAUCAAAGUCAGCAAAAACCUCGAUAUAGAAAGUCAGAAUCACAGCGCCGAUUUUACGUACAGAUUGAAUGUGUUCGUAACAGACCAAGGAAUGCCAGCAUUGAACAACUCCGUGACCGUAACGGUACUAAUUAAACAAGUGAACGAAUAUGCACCUGUAGUCGUGGGGGGUAACGGUAAUGUGGAGAUUAGUGAGAAUUCAUCCAUCGGGCUGUUUGUCUACGAUGUCAAUGGUACCGACGCAGAUUAUGGACCUGAUGGACGAAUCACGUUCUCCUUUCUCUCUGGUAAUGAGCGAGAUGAAUUCUCUAUUAGCAGCUCAACCGGUGUGAUAACGUUGAAAAAACAACUGGAUUAUGAAUCGAAAACAGUACAUAACCUUCAGAUAGCCUUGACUGACCAAGCAUCUAAUCCUGCUAAUAGACGUAUGACAGUAGCUCAUUUAACCAUCACUGUAAUAGAUGUAAACGACACAGCACCCUAUCAAAUUGAGGCGCGAAUGAUCCAAUCUUACAUUACAUCAUCAUCUGAUAUUGCAUCCUGGUCUGGGAUUCCCACAAAGAGUUUGUUGGAAAUAUUACUUGUUCACGAGAAUGGAACCAGAGAAGAUAUCACUCAACAAACAGGCCGAGUCGCAUUCGACUGGAAAAGUGAAUCUAAUGACCUGUUUUCCGUAGAAAUAAUAAACGGAAUGCCAACUGUUAUUGGCAACAGUGCUGGGAAGACUGGUAGUGGAAACCUACUUUUACAAGUCGUGGAUGUCAAAAGAUUCAAACUGAAAGUGACUUUAGUUGGAUUUGAAGGAUUAAAACUCUCCAUACUGCCAUAUCCCGAGAUUCCGAGCUCUCCAACGGCCACGAUAAUAAGACAAAUCUUGCCAGGAAUCUUUCAGAAAAUCAUUCUAAAGACGAUAAUGCACAUUACAAACAACGUGCAAAGAGAUGUCUCGUUAUCUGCUAAUACUACAUUAUCCGUCAUCAACUCAGUACAGGUUAAUAGUGCGUACACAUUUGGACCUACUCCAGUGAAUCUAUUGACUUUCACCGGUAAUGGCUACAAUGGACAACUAUCAUUAAAAUCAACGUUCUCAAGCAAAAGCUCCAAUGUGGUGAACAUUACCGUGUCCAGUCAAGUCAUGCGUGUUACCUCUAUAGACAAGUUUGGAUACCAAAAUCUUAAUCAAACAUUUGAUGACUUUCCUAAGACCAUCCGGUAUCCUUUUGCAGAACUUCGAACAGAAGAAGGUACAACAUUCCGAGUCGAAAACUUUACCCAGUACAGUGGUCUCCUUCGAUUUACUAUUAGCAAUACUGAUGCUGUUAGUCUAGAUACCGCAUCCGGGGCUCUGACUUUACGCUCACAUGACAACAAACCAAUUGUAGUGCAAGCAUCAUCAACUGUAAACGAAAGUGUAAGAGCCUCGUUUUCGUUUUACAGCAAUCCUAAGCCACCGAAAGGUGAGAUAGACAUUGGUGAAAGUGUAGGACCAGCCAUACCGACAUUAAAUGUGGAUCAAACGUGGAAAAUGCCUGUGCUGGUGAACCCAGGUAGUAAGGGCUUACUUGCAAUCGACGUGCAAAUCAUGUUUGACGCAGCUGCUGUACAAGUUAUCACCAUGGAAACCAAUCUGUAUUACGAUAUCACUGGUAGCUUUAUACGCAUAUUUUCACUUCUCGACGAUCCUCACAGCAGUUACGUCGCUAACAUUACGUUCAAAGCCUUGAAGUCAGGAAUACCAUCAGUCACUAUAGAGUCAUUUUAUUCCGUUGAUAUGAAUUUACACGUUACACCUGCUCGUCAGUCAGCACCCUGCUCCCAGUUAGUUACAGGAGAUGUAAACAAAGAUUGCCUCUUUGAUAUUUUAGACGUGGCUUUUAUUAAGCGAUACUAUCUAUCGGCGGGAACUGGAUUUAACGAUGAACUUGGACAAACGAUGAAAGGCCUGACGUCAUCCCAAAAAUCCCUGAUGGACGUCGACUGGAGUACAAACAUUAAUGUGGACGAUGCAAAGGUAUUGGCAAAAGUAGUUCUAGGUAAAGUAAAGCUGAUCAGUGAGAUGUCGUUACUGAUACCCAACCAUAAUCGUAAUGAUACCAGUCCUUGUGAAAUGGAUAUCAAGAUAAAACUAGUCGACAAAGAUGGUAAGGUUGCGGAUGGAUCACGCACUGAUGUAUAUGUGGAUAUUGCCCACACUACCUCCGCGGUACAUACUCAAGUACAUGAUACUCAAUUGAAUACAGGGAUCAAGGCAGCUCUUAAGGACAACCACACGUUUUAUGGAGGAAUUUACAAAGCUACUUUUGAUGCACAGUUGUCUAUGUUUAGGAUCUCUAGCAAGAACUCAAAAUUCUCGGCGAAAAACAUUGGUUUAUCUGUGGUACAAGUACUUAGAGAUAACAGUGGUGCCGUUAACUUCAUAACUCCCAUGUUUGCCUCUUCCUCGUCAAGCCCAUAUCCACCUGGUUUGGAUAUCAAAUUAACAAGUGAUGUGCGCCUGCACAUUGAUGGAGUCUAUCAUCCACAGCGCAUGCUUGACUUUAAGGAGACAACUGAACGUUGUCAUGAUCCGUACGUCACAAGAACGGUUCAGGUCACAUUUGACGGGAACUUCAAUGAAGUUAUUCAAGGAGACAAAAAGUCGUUAAUGGAUAAGAUUGAAAGGGAACUAUCGCGUAUCCACCCAGAGGCACAGUUCAAACUUUUAAGCCUGGUUGAAGGAAGCAUUAUAGCCACAUUGAACUUAACUGUUACACAAUCGAAGGAGGAAAGCACUGUAAAGGCGCUCUAUUCGAACGUUGUUAAAGGGAUAUCUAUCAGUCAUAAUGGCCACACCAUUGUUACACUACCUCAGAUGAAAGUGGAUGGCAAUAACUAUCGGGUAUCAGAACAAGCACCUGCUUCAAGCGGUCUUUCCACUACACACAUUGUCAUCGUAGUAGUCAUUGUCUUGCUCAUAGUCUUUGUGUUGACUGGUCUGGUAGUAUAUAAAUUCUGGAGUAAAAAACAUCCCAGGAAAACCAUUCCCAGUCCACCGACCACACCAGACAACUGCUGGACACAUGACGACGGUGGGGAAAUUAAAAACGAGUUCCACUUAAAAAAGCGAGGCACCAUAUACGUGGUAAAUGAGGAAAACGAAGGUUAUGACGACGAGGACGCACGUCAUCAGUUCAAGAAAACGACGACUGAUGGCGACGACCAAUCGAUUGAGUCAGUUGAUGCAACAAGUAACACUGUAGUGCCCUAUGCACCCAACACGCCUCGCGUCCUACGAGCAUUUACAAAGAAGCCAAUCAGAGAGAAGUCACCGGCAGAUUCGUCUUCAUCAGUGAAAACCAGCCAUUCCAGCCUACCAGAUCCACCCGUGAUUUUUGUGGAGAAGCAAAAGGACAGCCAAACAAGUAACGCAGCAGAACCAGUACAGACUAUGAAGGCCAAUGAUGAACUUCUAGUAGCACCAGCCUUUGAAAUAUUGAACGGAUCAUCUAAAGACCCGUCUAUAGGUAGCUGCUCACCACCACCAUCUGCUGGCAGUCGUUCUCCAUCGCCUUCAGUUGAAAUACUCCCAAAUCAAAUACUGUCUGCAGAGGAGGUUGAAAAAGCCGCCUUUUCGCCUGUACCAUCAGAUGCUGGGGAUGAAACAGAACGUCAAGUGUUACGCGAAGAACGUCCAGUGAACGUGGUUCGGGCAAAUGUGGAAUUGGGGAAUCUUGCUCACUUUGUUGGAGUGGUGAACACAAACGUCCUAGGUACACUAGAGGAGUUAAGAGUGGAUUUGAAGGCCGUACUUCCGUGUCACUUAACCCAAAAGCGAUAUGUCUUUGUGAGCAGGAAACUUGAACUCAUUGAGCCUUGGAGAGAGGCGCACAUGAUAGUCAAGCGCACAUUUAUCAAGUCCAUCCGAAUCAAGGUUUUGUACGGAACCGAUCGUUGUGAAGACUUCUGCCCUUGUGGCAAAGUGGCCAAAACAUGGUGUGACGACUGCAAGGUCCAAGGGUACUGCAGUGAGGCAUGCCAGGAAAGUGACAGCAUUAAUCACGUGACCAACUGUAAAGGAGACAAGACAAAACAGAAGUUAGCCUUGCGUGAUGAGCGGUUAACGGCAGGGAAAGUCUGAACAUGUACUAAGAGUGUACUAAUAAUAUCACCUUCACCUAUUUAUCUCCUCUUGAUAAUACUUACCCAUCAGGUCUAACUAUAUAUCUUAUUCGCUAUUUUUGUAUGUCUUCCUUUAGGGUUAGAAAGCGUGAACAUGCACCAAGAGUGGUUUCAUAAUAUUACCUUUACCUAUUUAUCACAUUUUGAUAACACUAACCUAUAAAGGUCUAAGUAUAUCUAUUUCGUUCGCUAUUUUUUCUUAACGACGUCUUCCUUAAGGGUUAGAACGAAAGUGUGAGCAUGCACCAAGAGUGGUUUCAUAAUAUUACCUUCACCUAUUUAUCACUUCUUGAUAACACUAACCUAUUAGGUCUAAGGUCUAUAUCUAUUUCAUUCGCUAUUUUUUUCUAACGUCUUCCUUUACGGAAAAUUGUGUUCUUUAAGAGUUGGUAGUAACCAUAACUUCAAUGCUAUAAUAUUUGUACGACUUCAUGUACUCAAAACUUUGAUAUCUAUUUAGCUAUGGUUUUGUGAUCGUGGGUACUAUAUGAUUACCAAAUCCACCCCGUCAUAGAGUCUAUUAACUCAUAUUUCAAUAAACAAUAUGUAUCAUUCACAGCA